CAUUUCCUGAGGGGCUGUGGGCCGAGGGAGAAGAUGGCGGCGCUCGGGGAGCCCGUGCGACUGGAGCGGGAUAUUUGUAGAGCAAUUGAAUUGCUGGAAAAACUCCAAAGGAGUGGAGAAGUACCCCCACAGAAACUUCAGGCUUUACAGAGAGUUCUUCAAAGUGAGUUUUGCAAUGCUGUAAGAGAGGUGUACGAACAUGUCUAUGAGACUGUGGACAUCAGUAGCAGUCCUGAAGUGAGAGCUAAUGCAACUGCAAAGGCUACUGUUGCUGCUUUUGCCGCCAGUGAGGGACAUUCUCAUCCUCGAGUGGUUGAACUGCCCAAAACAGAAGAGGGCCUUGGAUUCAAUAUCAUGGGAGGCAAAGAACAAAACUCUCCCAUCUACAUAUCGCGGAUAAUCCCAGGGGGGAUUGCUGAUAGACAUGGAGGCCUCAAACGAGGAGAUCAGCUGCUUUCUGUUAAUGGAGUGAGUGUUGAAGGAGAACAUCAUGAAAAAGCCGUAGAACUGCUGAAAGCAGCCCAAGGGAAGGUUAAGCUAGUAGUGCGAUACACACCCAAGGUCCUAGAAGAAAUGGAGUCACGCUUUGAGAAAAUGAGAUCAGCAAAGCGCAGGCAACAGACUUAACGCUGUUCAGAACUGUGUAGUUCACUUCGCUUUUAGCUUGAGAAGUGUUGCUUGUGACCUACCUACUGAGGGCCGCAACGCCAGUGAUUGUACAAAACGAAGAGAAACUUCCGCUGACGACUCCUUGCCAUUUUAUAAAUGCCUCUUUGAACAUCAUUUACGGUUCCCGAGAUGCAUACACUUUUUUCUGACAAGAAAAAGUAAUUGGGUGUUGAGGGCAUUUCUGUCCUGCUGUUUUUACAGGCCUUUUUCCAAAUGCAGAUUUUUGUCAUAAAGCUGUUAUAGAUUUUUUAAAUGCUUUUUUAAUAUUAAAAUGUACUUUUACAUUCUUAAUCUUUUUUUAAAAAAAGCUUUCAUUUGGCUGCUUAUUUAAAAAUAACAAUUCUCCAAUUCUUUUUUUUUUUUGGCUUUAUUUUUUCUUAACCUGUGACAUUUCUUUACAGUUUUCCAAGAAAUUAGACAUAAAGUCUCAGCUACAGCAGUUCAGUACACUGUCAAUGUUGGCAUCACUGCUACAUUUUGUACUUUUGAACACUUAAUCUCGGUAAUCAACAAUAAAUCAUUACUCAGCACAGUCAAAGUUUUUUACUUUUAUUUAAACAUAAUGUAUAAUGAAUGUUCAUUUAUACUGAUUUAUAAAAGUGAGUUUUUAAACACUGAAACAAUCAUUGCUAAAAUAGGUAUUCUUUCAUAAUAUUAGAGCAGCGAGGUAAGAGGAUGUAAUUUGAUUGUUAGCGUUCCUGAUUACAUCCCUUUCUAUCUAUUUAUAUUCAAUGAUAAUAUCAUAAAUUAUAAAUGCAUAAACAAGUUCAGAUUUCACUGUUUGCAAAUUUUUUAAUGCUACUCAUUUUUAUUUAAAUAGACUUCCUAUUUUUUGAUGGUUUCAUUCUUAGUGAUGAGCAAGUUAGUUUGGGUAAGGAAUAGUGGUCGGAAAAAAAAAGUAAUUCCUUCAACCUCAGUCUCAAGAAUUACAUUAUCUUUACCAGCCUAAUUUACAUAGUUGAUUUUAAAUAGGAAGAAGAUAGAAAGUAUGUUUAUGGUGUGUAGAAAUUAUGAGGUGAUUAAUUCAUAAUCCUCUGGCUCCUUGUCAACAUGAGUAGAAACUCAUUCAUAUUAAAAUUGCCAGAUUUAGAAAUGUGGUCUUUGUUUACAAUUCAAGUACCAUGAGGAUUAUUUUGAGGGGUUACUUUAUUUCAUUUGUCCAUUGGAUGGCACUGUUGUACUGCAAGGCAGUUGUUAAGUGUAUGACUGUGAGGUCUUUUAAGGCUGAAAUAGGUGAGUUUCAUUUUUACUUGCAUAGGAAAAUUUGUACCAUUAAAAAAAUUUAAAGUGAUGGAUACUAGAAAGAAGUUAAUGGGUUGAACUGUAUGAGAUUUGGCAAAAUUAUCUACCCUGUGUAAAAUGGGCAUUUUGUAACAUUCCUUCAAGAAAGAAAUGUGUACCUUUUCCUGCAUGAUUGUGAGUCUUAAAUGAUUGUUCCAGUUUUCAAUGAUUUACUAAGCAAAAGUCAAUCAGCAUUGUUAUUUAUCGCUUAGGAAUUGAACACUGGAUUGCAUGAUUGAAUGUCUUGUUCACCCCAAACUGUGCUUGCUGUUGAUAGGAUUGUGCUGUUAGCUUGUAUAUUUUCCAAAUUAAUUAAUGUUUGUAAAAUGUUGAGACUAAAGUAGUGUAGUAGAAUUAUGGACUUAUUUUAAUUGUAAAAUUUUUAGAGAUAUUUGUUGUAGACGUUUACAUAUUAAAGCGAGGUAUCAUUGCACAUAACCAGUAAUAUUAUUGUUAUGCUUGUAUUCUUGCAUUACACGGGUAAGUAAGCCCUGAAGAAAUCUUAUUUUAGUAUAGCUAUAUCCAGCUGCAGUAGUUUUUAAGGGUGUGUCAACAUUUCAUUAUAAAUUAUAGCUUCCUGGUUCAAUAUCAGCUCUUUGAGAACUUUCAGCCAAGUUAAAUCUUUUUUGGUGUUGAAACUUAGAAAGCUGAGUAAGUUUUCCCCCCUUCUUUCCACAGUAAUCCACAAUCUGUUCUCUGUGUGGGUUGGCACUAUUUAUAAUUCUUAAAAUGAGGAUAGUUUAAAGGAGCCAAAUACAGUAAUUUUACUUGCUACUGUAUAAGCAUGAGUAGCAGUAGUUUGUUUGCAUUAAUAUAAUUUUCACUGUGUCCCAGAAUUUUAAAUCCUAACUUAGGAAAAUCCAAUUAUUCACUGGCAAAGAUGUACAGUAGUGGUAUAGUAUAGCAAGAAAAUGAAUGGAAUUUUCAUCCUAUAAAUGUAUCAUUUGUGAACAUAACUUGGCACAUUAUCAAUGGAUAAUGUUAGAUUUAUAAGUUACAAAUACGUAUAAGUUACCUUUCAUACCCAAUUUCCAUUUAUUUUCUUUGUAUUUCAAAAUGAGUUGACUCCUUAGCUUUCAGCUGUAGUUGCAUAUUAGAACACUGCUGAACUUUAAAAAACAAUACCUGGGUCCCAUCCCGGGGUGGGGCCAAGUUUUCCAGGUGGUCCUGGUGGGCACUCAGAGUUGAGAUUCAGUAAUUUCUCCUGUCAAAAAUGUUCUGAUCACACUGGGCCCUGCUUUGAACAAAUUCAGUUGCAGCUAUUUAAUGAUGGCUUUUAUUUCUUAGUUUUUCAAGGAAUAAAGAGCAUUUGGCAUUCCUUAUCUGAAAAGUAAUUGCAGUCUACCUUUUUAAAAAGUACAGUUUGCCAGCCGGUUUGAAUGUAAAUUUUUAAUAUCUGUCCUUUUUCUGCCCUCUUAAUCUUUAAAACCUGCAAAUAGAAAUGUUCAUUAUUUGAGGAAGCUUGUUUAAAAGUACAGCUGAAGAAUAAUGUCAUUGAUAAUUAUGUGCUUUCUUAACUGGCCACUUUAUUCAUUAGUAUAAUACUAGAGUGCGGUGGCCAAGUUCUUUGGAGGUUUGAUGACUCAGAGUUUUUUUUUUUAAUUGUCCUCUUCUAAAUCUGUAAAGUCAUUUUGCUCAAGCACUUAAGUAGUUUGGCUCAAGUACCUUGUUUACAGAUAAAAUGGACAUAGCAUUUAAUAGAAGAAAUGCUUAUGACUUACCUGAGAAGAAUGUCAGCAUGUAAGAGAAUCCAUGUUGUGAAUAAUUUAUAAUCUGGAAAGAUCAUUGAAAUAUCAAGGAUACUAGUAAUUGUAUUUCCUGAAUAAAUGGAUGUUUAUGCAUUUUC